AUGGCCUUUCCUCCGCAAUACAGAGAGGCCCCCCCUUCCCUCCCAAGCAUCAUCGUGCCCGGAUCCGGGGCCAAUCGAUACAGAGACCAAGGCAUUCCAUUUCCAAGUAGUCCAGCAAUGGCCAUUCCGGGCAUGGACUUGCGAAACGAUGUGCCGCCUCCUCUGCCGCCCCCACGGCAUCUUCCUUUCGGCGAGGCUCCCACCCAGUAUCGGGACGAAUUGAAGGACAAGAGGGACUUCUCUCGCGGCUCAUCCUUCGCCAGCCGCUCGUCCUUUGCGAGCGGCUAUGGUAGCAUGAGCCCUGUCAUCUUGGAGGACCGAUCUGGCUACAAGAGGAGGGAAGCUGGAAGCAUCAACAGCGACGAGGGCUAUGCGAGCUACGCUUCAACAGAGAGGUCCCGCGAUUCCCUCUCCAGCGAGCCGUUUGGCCUUCACCACAACAAGUUCCAGUUCCAAUCGGCAGCCGAGCUUCACGGCGACAGCAUGAAGAAGAUGCUGACGCCCAUUCGAACACUGGACAGGUCGCCUCCGCGAUCUCUUCUCGGCGGUCCUGUCAGCAGUCUUUCCCAAGGACUCCAGAACGAGGGCAGAUUUGCCCCCAGCUUUAACAACCUCCCCAUCCAACUACCCAUCCACAGCCGCGCGCCUUUUGAGUCACAACCCCGAGACUCGCCCACCUUUUCUGCCGUAUCCCCCCUCUCAACGCCGUUUCACCGAUCCCCAAUUGAUCACCGCUCUCCCUACGACAGCUCAGAACCAGAUCGGUCACCACGAGGCAGGUCAAGGCGGAACAACAGCGACGAUGCCACUUCCACCCAGGGAAGCUUCGCUGACGACAUGGAGAUUGAAGAGACGUCAUCGCUCAAGAGGCUUCACAUUGAGGAUGCGUAUGCGGGUGCGGGACAGAAGCGCCGGGCCGCCAGCCCUGCCUCAGACGACCUUGGCCUUCCCAUGAUGCCUGGCCAAGGCGCAUCCCGCGGCUCUCCCACGCCUCGCUUGUCAACAGGCCCCUCCACGGCGACGUCCCUCCUGAGCGGCGCCUCUUCGCGACCCAGCUUCUUCAUGUCUUCCAUCUCCAUCCCUCCGAACACCACCGCCAGCGCUUACGGCCACCGCUCUCCCGGUGGAGUCUCGCCGGGCGCCCUGUCUCCCACGUCAUGCACCUCGCCUUACAACACGCCCGCAUCCCUGAACCCAAGUCCCAAGUCUUCAGUCGCCAACAGGACGUCUAUGCACGCGCGAACGGCGUCUGGCGCCAGUCCGCGGAAGCUCCCCGAGAUGCAAAAGUCCGGCGGCAAGUUCCAGGGCUUCUAUAUGUGCGAAUGCUGUCCCAAGAAGCCCAAGAAGUUUGAGACGGCGGAAGAGUUGAGUGCUCACGAAGCCGAGAAGCAGUAUGAAUGCAGCUUUUGCGGCAACCGUUUCAAGAACAAGAACGAAGCCGAGCGUCACCAGAACUCUCUCCACGUGCGGCGUCACUCAUGGUCGUGCUCCGCGCUGUCGGGCUACAGUCGGGCGUUCCACGAAUCGACAACGCGUCCCGGCGAGGCCGAUGCGUGUGGUUACUGUGGGGAGGAGUUUCCCCGAACAGGACCUGUGCCGCCGGGCGCCGGCAUCCAGGCAAGACACGCUUCCGAACUGGACUGGGAGGAGCGAAUCCGACACCUUCAGGAGGUGCACAAGUUCAGGGAGUGCAAUUCAUCCAAGAAAUUCUACAGGGCCGAUCAUUUCCGACAGCAUCUCAAGCACAGUCACGCAGGCACUAGCGGCAAGUGGACGAAUAUGCUGGAGAAUGCGUGCCUGAUGGAGGAGGACCCUUCUCCGAGAUGA